UGUAUAUACCCCUAAAAACCUGGCACAGUAGUUCAGCCUGUGCACGAACAGCCAAGAACUUCCAAAUGCCACAGACCUUCGAGCGGCGCCUGAAAUCGUCGUCAGUUUGUUGCCGAGCGCCGGCGAGAGAAGACGUAUUAUAAAAAUUUUCUCUCCGAAUACUAAAAUACACAAGUCACAAAUUACCACUAGCCUUUAAUAAAAACAACAAUUUUUAUUUUCAACAAGUGUACAAGUGCAUUCUCUGGGAUUAUAAACCAAAAGUGUUGGUGAUUAUAAUAUAUAAAUAUUGGAUUCUCCAAUUUAUUUUGAACAGUGUGAUUUUUUUUGGUGUAUUUGUUUUCUUUUUGUGCAAUUUUUCUUUUUUUUUGGAAUAUUUGUCACUGUUAAAGCAAGUCGAUGCUUGCAGAUGCGAGGAAAAUGAGCAUCCACGUGGUGGAAUCAACCAGUGAACUGUCUGCUUUAAUGAAAGCCGGUGUCAUGGCAGGUUCAGAACGCGAUGCUGGUUUCUGCAGUGGAGCAGACGAAGACGAUAUGUCAGGAUUGCACUCACCAAGCGCAUCCGAGGACAGCGUUGAAGUGCAAGUGACGCCAAUUUCUCUAAGAAAUAAACGUAAAUUAGCGGAACCACGAAAAAUCCUAGAACCAAGUACUGCACCCCUUAAAAAGCGUCGAAGAUUCGAAUUACUUCAGGAAGCUGACGAAGAAAGCCGACCUUCUCCAUCACCUAGUCCAUUCAGGCCCUGGAGUACAUCGACAAAACCCGAAUCUAAAAAACCCAUGGCUGUUAUUUCCUGUUUCAAGGUCGACGAGAAGGCAAAGGAUAACGACAAGAAGAAUCACGAGGAGAAGAAACCGGAACAAAAGAGACUCGAACUGAGGCGAGAGCAAGAAGAAGAAGAAGAGGAAAAAGAAGAAAAACGAAAAGAAAGAUGUCUCCAAGAAGAAGCACAAAGAAGAUACGAAGCCAGAAUUCAAGAGGAGGUUCUCCAAAGACUCCACGAAUCGAAUCGAAGGCCCAUAUCACCAUCCGAAUGUUCAACUCGUUCCUCUGUCUACUCUGGUCAAAGGCGAGAAUCCCGUCAAAGGUUUGAACCACCUCUUCCACCACCACCACCUCCUCCAGUAUCAGUUAUUCUUCCUCAUCCAAGGCUCCAGGAAGAACCUCUAUCUCUAGUUCUUCGUGGUGAUGUUCCUCGUGUACCUUCCCAUCCAGCGGUAAAUGGUGGCUCUUUUGAAAGGCCAUCGACCUAUCACAUGGAUCAUGUCUUACCAUCUCAGACGACAUCAAAUGAUCAUCACGAGAGGCAUCAUCAUCAAAACGGUCAACAGCGAAAUUACAAAAAUAUGACCCGCGAACGUAGGAUAGAAGCGAAUGCACGUGAACGUACGAGAGUGCACACGAUAAGCGCUGCUUUCGAUACACUGAGACGAGCAAUACCCGCCUAUUCACACAAUCAAAAACUUUCCAAGCUCUCUGUAUUGAGGAUCGCGUGUAGCUACAUCAUGACCCUCAGUAAAAUAGUCAAUACACCCGAGGGAGAACCCGAGAAUAAUGUUUCUCUUGGCGCAUGUGUGGAUCUUGUUUCGAAAACAAUACAAACUGAAGGUAAACUCAGGAAAAAGAAAGACGAAUAGCUUUUUUUAACAAUUCAACAUUCUGAAUUAGACAAAAUUUAAAUACAAAAAUCAAGAUCUAAUUCAAUAGUCAAUAUGGAAAUUCCAAUUUGAGAAGGUGAAAAUUUUGGAAUUUCUCAAAGCCAUUUGGAGUCUCUUUUACCUGACCUACCUUUUAACUCUCCAAGAUGCUCAAAAGCUGUGCUCGCCAACUUGCCUAAGUGUUAAGUUAGAUGUAUAAAUCAGUGCCAGAUAUGCUUGACAAUAUUUAAUGAAGUAAUCUAAUCCUUUCUAAAUAGCUCUGAUAGUGGAAGAAUUUUGUCAGAGCUGUGGUUUUCUUCUCUCUACUCUUAUCAAACUUAUUCCAUUUCAAUAUCUAGACAAUAAAAAUAAAAAAAUAUAAAAAAAAAAAAAAAAAAUGUCAACAACCGUUAGAAAUAAAGCACAGAAAAAUCAUCUAUUUGUCUUCUUAAAAAUCUUCGUCUUCAAAUAAUGUAAAAAAAAACGUAAACUAUUUUGAAAAUCCUUUCAAAAAAAAAUCCAAGUCCAACUUUAAUAGCUUUAAAAAAAAUUCCUUGUCUUUAAAUUAGUCAAAUUUCAUAACAUCUUUUUUAUUUUUAAUUAAAAGGAAAGAGAAACUAAUUUGUUAGUAGCGUCACGAGCGCGCGUGUGUUAUAAAGGAAUCGUGCGAGAAAUCGUUAUACUUCCAACAAAUUGGUCAACGACUGAAUGCCAAGUACAAACUUGUGGCUUUGAUGACUGAAGAGAGCGAGAGAAAGAUUGCAUUUUUUUUCUAUAUGAUGCGUCUUUGUGUAUGUGUAUGUUUGUGUUAAAUAUGUUGAGAGGUAAAUUAAAAAAAAAAAAGAAAAAUUGAGCCGCGAAAUUUUUAUCGUUGUAAUAAUUGUUUAUAUGUAAAUAAAUAAAAAUCGCCGUCAUAGCCUUUUUAUCGCGUUAUGAAUAUAGAAAAUUUGUAAUUAGUUUGUAGUAUUCAUAGUUAUUCAGAUAAAAAAAAUAUAUAUAUUAUAUUAUAUAAAUAAAUAUAUUAUAUACAUUAUGUGAACAUGUAUGUAUUUUGCCUGAAAAAGGCGGUGUGAUGCGUCCGAUGGAUGUCCUGUAUGUACCUUUUUAUUAAAUAAGAAAAAAACCUCACAAUUCAAUCAAAAAGUUCAACUUAAUAAAGGUGGAAUUUACUUGAAA